AUGUCAAUCACUCUCAUUGAUGAGCUGACAGACAGCAGCACCAAAAAGCUUGCGCGUUAUCUCUACUUGCCGCCAAAUUACAGCAUCGCCAAUCCACCGGAUGAAUGGUUCAGAGAGCAAGAGGCAAAGCUCAGUCAGCUUCCAAAGGUGAUGCUACGUCCCAAGACGAACUCACUGAAUGUGAUAGAUAUGAUGAAGCGCGGACUCAUGAACGUUACCGCUAGGCAGUCGCUUCCCUUCGUCCCAGACGCAGCGAUGCUCUGCCACACACACAAGGCCCUGAACCCUUGGCGUAUGCGCUGCCUCUUCGCUCUGCUUGCUUCCGAAGUUACAGACAAAUUUGAGCGGAUGCGCCGGUUGGUCCGAAACAAGUCUGAUCUCGCCCAAGAACCUGACUACCAGGAGUAUGUCCGUCGCGUCACCAGCAUCCAGGGUCUGUGGAUGGACCGCGCCACGUUCGAGCAGUUGUACGGUUACCCGCCUGUCAAGACGGAAAGGGUGCGAUCGCAGUGCGAGGCGUGCAUGUGUGCCGUCGUCGGCGGCGAUACGCGUCUGCUGGUUGACCUCCGCGCGCAUCUGCUCUCUCGUGCUGGUUCAUACCAGCCGGUCUUCCUUCGUGUGGUCAACGCCUGGAUUGAUGCCUUUGAGCAGGGUGCCGGUGGCCUUCAUGCUGAGAGCGCGGUGCUCGGAGAGAAGCUGCGCGCAAUCCGUCGUGAGAUUGGUGUCCGGCGAUAUGAACGUCGAGAGCGUGCCCGACGAGCUGGGAAGAGUAUUCCAUACUCCAAGGCAAAGCGCGAUGAUAACUCGAUUGCGAGUCUUCCGCCGAAGCCCGAAUGGGGCUCAUCUGGACGGCCCUCGACGGCGUCAGGACCGGCCAGGGGCUAUGAUAGCCGACACGGACAGCAUACUCCGGAGACGUCACACCCGCGGUCCAACCACUCCUCGCGCGUGUCCGGCAACACUCAGAGUCCCCGCCAGAACCCAUUCGAAGACGAUUUUGAAGAUGAGGAAGUGAACGAGGGCGACGAGACUAACGCAGGAAACGCGUUUUGGCAAGACGAGAUGAAUAACUACUAUGAGCGUCAGGCUGCGCAAAACGGUGGACGAUCUUUCGAUAGAGCAUCAAUACACCCCGGACUCUUCGGACGCGAGUCUCGCGAGGUUCUCCAGCACGCUCCUGAGCCGUCGCAGUCGAGAAAAGAGACAACUCUUCCUCAGCAGACCUCUGCCUCAGCCACGCCAAGAGACAGUGCACGCAACUCUAGGCAUUCAGCCCACGCACCACCCCCGACGUCCAACUCGAGACACCAAUCCGAUGCCGCUCGACACUCUUACCCCAGAGAUGCUUCAGAGAGAACGUCUGUACGCAACCCCGAUCAGUCUGCUCGUCCGCCACCUACAUCAUCCCAAGAUACACGCGUGCCGAGAAUCCCCACCACCUACCAUUCCGCCGACUACCGACCAGGCGAUAUCCGUAGACAAACCACCCCAUCUGUCGGCACCUCCGAGCAUCAGAAGCAUACCAGACUGAGCGCCACUCGCAUAGAGACCCUAGGGCAGAAUGCCGUUCCCCAGUCGGCGCCGUCCCUCCGUCAUCGACCUUCGACGACGUCAACAUCCUCGGUCCCGGCCUCGAUGGUCCAGCGAGAAUCCCGGGCUCGUGCGGAGCUUCAGGAGAUUGCGAAUACCCUCGGAAGAGAGAAUAAUCGGGCUCAUGGCAGUAGCAGCUCGGCAAGUCCAGCAAACCAAAAAUCCGCCCGCAGUACUAACCAUUCCAGCACCCGCGCAAGCGAAGCACGGCAGGAGUCCACCGGCCUCCGGCGCCCGUUCCGACUGUUCGCAGGCCUCAGGAAGCGGUGA